GCGAUCAAGACCCACUGGGAGACGAGCCAGAAGACAGCGAGACGGCCGGGAGACCUGACUGGGGUCCGAGCGCCGGCCGUCGAGACGGCCAGCUACGUGACGAUGUGGCUGGGCCGAGAGGGGACCCAGCAGUGGUCGAGCCUCGCGCCAGCAGCGCCGCCGGCGACGCGGCUGGGAGCCGCCGCAGCGGCGAGUGCGGCUUCGCCCGCCGCGCCGAGGGCGCAGGCCGCGGCCCCCGCGCUGCGUGUGGCGGACGCCCAGGCGGGCGCGACGGCGAGCGCCGAGGCGCGGGCCACGCCCGCCGUUCCGGCAGCGCCGAGAGCGCCGGCCGCAGCCCCAGCGCAGGCCGCGCCAGACGCGCACGCCGGGCAGGAGACGGCCGCGCGGGCGCCCGCCCCGCCGGCAUCCGCCGCCGCAGGCUCCGUCGAGACGGGGCGCGAGAGCAGCGCGUGGCCGGAGCUGACGACCCAGCCGCAGCAGUCCCAGCCGCCGCCAUCCAGAGGCGAUAAUAUGGGGCCACAGGCAUGGCCAGGCUUCGAUCGCCUGGACACGUGGGUGGCCAGUCUGAGACGAUGGGGUCGGAGGUCCCCCCUGGCUCCGUCAGCCCAGGGAGGAAGAGUAGUAGACGAGCUGCCGCUAGAGCUGCAGGAUAAGCUGAUGCACGUCCAAGAGGACAUCGACUCCGAGGAUGGGCUGGAAGUUCUCAUUCGAUAUCUCAGACAAUGCCGAGGAGAUCGAGAUGACGAUAAGCAGGAGGAAGCGUUCCGUCGAGCCCUAGAGGAAGUAGCCAUCAAGCCCGGAGAGUCCCUCACGCAAUUCAUACAGCGACGAGAUCUGGAAGUUAGGGAGGCCAGGAAGUACGGGCUGGACCUGCCAGACAAGAUGCAGGUCGAGCAGCUGAAGUCGGGAGCGCACCUGUCGGAGCAGAAUCUCAUCAACAUGCUACGCACAUCGCAGGGCCGAGACGACUUGGACUCGAUCAAGAAGGCCAUGACGAGGAUGGACGCGAAGCGCACCGCCAACAAGGCCCCAGCCGGAGGCGCCGGGGGAGGGCGGUCGAGGGUGUUCGCCUCCGUGGAGAACACCGCCGCGAACGUCCAGGAGCUGGUAGGCGACGACGAGGAGGACAUGGAGGAGUGGAUCGUCGAGUUCCUGGAGGACUCCGUCCUCGAGCAUGACGACGCCGAGGCCGCGCGCGUGGCAGUGGGCCACCAGGAUCUGGACGAGGACCAGCUGUGCGCCGUGAUCGGCGCCAUCUUGGACGAGAAGCGCGAGGAGGGGGGCAAGCCCAGGCGAUGGGCCGAGAGCAAGGAGCUGAAGACGGCGAUGGCAAGGGACAGGGACUUCUUCGACAGCAAGCGGGCGGGCAAGGUAUCCGGAGGCAAAGUGGGCUCGGGCAAACAACGAUUGAGCAUUGAGAAGCUGAAGGCCCGCACCAAGUGCGCCAACUGCGGGCAGGAGGGGCCUCGUCCCAAGGCCGACUCUCGGCCGCGCGGCUCCAUGUGCGUCCGGGGGGGCGACGGCGCGAGCUCGGGCAUGACCUGGCUGGUGGGCGCCGCCCGCGUCGAGGAGAUCUGUCGUGCUGUAGCUCAGAUCGAGGGCGGCGCGCGGCAGCUGGACGACGAUCGGGGGCCAGCCAGCAUGGCGGACACCGCGGCGGGUCAGGCCCUCGUGGGCAGCGAGCGCCUGGGGAAGCUGAAGGCCGCCUACGCCCGCCGAGGCUGGAAGAUUCCGACUCGCUACGGCAAGGUGGCCGGCCAGGCCCGGGGGGUCGGAGGGGGCGUCAGAGUCAUCGGCGAGGCCCUGGUCCCGAUCACCGUGAUUCCGAGCCAGAGCGUGAUCAUCUUCUCCCGCAUCGUGGAGGGCCCGAUUCCGCCGCUGCUGCCUGCGAAGUGGCUGGAGUCCGCGGGCGCCGCGGUCGACCUGCGCAAGGGCAUCGUCGACCUGAGCGGCGCUGAACUGCCCUUGCAUCGGGGGCCGCCCGGGCACAGGCUUGUGAGACUGCUCGGCGCCCGGCCCCCGCACCUGUUCGAGGUGGCCGCGGAUGCCGCGGUGGACUGGCCAGGACUGAAGGUCGAUCGCCAGUCCGUAGCCAUCGAGCUCGAGACCAAGCUUGAGGCUGCCCGCGGGCCCAGCCACCACGACGUGGCUACCGAGUCGAAGAGCGGCUCCCCAGCCCAGCUGAUCAAAGAGGCGAGGGCCCUGCAGCGCCGCCGCCAACAAGCUCAGCAGGAGACGAAGGCCAAGGGCGAGUGGGGGGCCAUCGGCAUGGACGAGAGCUCGGAGGCGACCGACCCGGAGCUGGACCAGGGGGAGCUGUCCACGGGCAAGAUCACCUUUCCCCCGACGUUGCAGGCCUGGCGCCGCAUGACGCUGCGGGCCAUUUGGAGCUCAAGCGCCAAGGCCACGAUCAUGAACGCCAACCUCAUGAGCGGCGAGAGCGUCUCGGAGGUGGCGCUGGAGUGCGACCAUCCGACGUGGGCCAGGCGCCGCGGGAACAACCAGUGCGCCAAGUACGAGCACUGCCUCAAGUGCAAGACGCGGCUGUGGAUCGAGAGGCGCUCACCGCAGCAGGUUCUCGACUGCCUGCAGCGGGCCCAGGUGAAGACCGAGAAGGGCGCCCAGUCCAGCGGAACGGAGACGACGGCGAAGGCCCUCAAGGCCCUGGGCGACAACAACAAGGCCCUGCAGCAGAUGGCGGAGGCUGUGCAGGGGGACUCCCGGCACGUCUGGCGAUCAGCUCAGGCGGCCAGCAGAGCCGACCGAGUGAGCUUCAUUUUUUCGCCUUUUCCCACUUGGUGGGACGACGCCCAGGGCAAUGCGAUCGAGCUGGAUCAGAUCACGACCGAUCGGAAAUGGAUCCCCUCCCUCCUCAGUGACUCGGAGAAGAUCCAGAUGAUAGCCCGGGCGGCGGUCUUUCUGGUGACCGGCGAAGGGGGUCGAGAGUUCCGGGAAAGUCUCCUGGGAUACACCAGAAUGCGAGUCACGGGCGAGGACAUUCCCCUUUUAGACUCCCUGACUCCCGACCUCUCGCCAGCGCAGUUACAGAGCGCCGUCCGCAACUCCAGCAAGGCCGUCCUGAAGUUCGAGGCCUGGAGAUCCGAGGACGUCGCCCCGUUCUCUGGGCUCCUCGCCCGAGGGGCCUUCCAGCUCCCCCAGGACCCGAACGACGAACAGGAGCUGAGUCGAGGGUCGGCCUGGAAUCGCAUGUCCCCGGAGGUCCGCGAUCGGGUCGAAAAGCAAGGCGUCGAGCACAUGCUCUUCUAUGUCCGAGUCGCGUUCAUUCAGAUGGCCUCUGGGAGGGCCUUUUUGAUCGAGCACUCCCUCGGAGCCAGCUCUCGGGAGCUGGAGACGGGGGUCCUGGAGACCGCUCUUGCCAGGGCUUUAGGCGGGGCCUCAGUCCAGUUCAAGAGGAGAGCUCAUCUCCAGCCCCGGUGGUCUACCGAGGAACUCCGAGACUACCGCGGCUUGGUGGCCAAGGUGCAGUGGGUGGCCGGGUCGGCCUCGCCCCUGGCGCCCGAGUGCCCCAACGUGACCAUCAAGAGCCUGCUGAUGGUUAACAAAGUCGCUCGGUUCCUUCGCAGCUCAGCUCAGGUCUACCUCACCAUGUGGCCUCUCAACCUGUCGGCCGUCACGAUGGUCACCUGCUCUGACGCAGGGGGCCCGGGGUCUGCCAAGAACAACGGGGCUCAAGGGGGAUGGCUAGUGAUGAUGGGGGAGCCCCAGAUUAAAGAUAGCCGCCGGGCCCGGGUGCCCAUUCUGGCCUGGCGAUCCCAGCGCCUCAAGCGCGUGGUCUCCUCCACUCUCUCUGCGGAAACCCUGAGUCUGUCCGGGGCCCUGGCGGAGGCCCAGUGGGUCUACCUUUGUUUCCGGGAUCUCGUUUACGGGGAUGUGGGGGGGCCCGGCUGGCGGCGAGACGACGUGCCCUUUGCGGUUGCUCUCCCGGAGAGCUGCGAGAUACAUAGGGCUGCCGAGGGGGGUUCUGUGGUGGGCGCCAAGUCCCUGUUCGAUACUCUCUCCAAGAACACCGGGGGGGGAAAGGCGGACCGACGGAACGCCAUAGAAAUGGCCAUCGUGCGUGACACGAUGUCUCGCGAGGGUGGCGUUGUCAGAUGGGUGCCCCACUGCCGCAUGCCAGCGGACCGUUUGACCCACAUAGACCCCCAGGAGGCCAACUUAGCCCUGUCGGACGUCAUUGCCAAGGGCACUCUCGUCCUGCGAGACGAGUCCGGAACUCUCGACGAAAGAUCGUUGAAUGCAUCCCUGAAGUCUCGUACCAGGACCGCCUCCAGGAAAGCACUGGACGAGGAGAUCUCUCAGCGACUUCUCCCUCAAGCAGAGGAGGACAAGGAGGGGGAGGAGAAGGAGGACCAGGAGGACUGGAACCUCCGGUACCCUCCAAAAGUGUACUGUUUGUGGGCACUUUGGCUCAAGGGGGCGAUGCUGAGAAAUGACCCUAGGGAGGGGAGCAAGGAGGUAAA